UAUUGUUGUAUUGUGGUGUGUGUGUCUAUUGUCCCUUUUUUAAUAUGACAACAUUACAUGGCUUAUGUUGUACAGCACUGGUCCUAGAGCCUUACAACUCAGUGUGGUCUAGUCAGCAUCACAUGGGAGCUAUCCCUGACCUUCAGAAUCUGCUAGGCUACUAAGAUCCCCAGGUAAUUCUUACGCACAGUAACAGAAACACUGAUCUGGAUGACUGAGAAGCAACCAGGCCUCUGGUAGCACCCCAGAGUGGCCCCUGUCCUCCUGGGGAUGAGGAGAGGAGCGGGGACAGUAGCAGGGAGAUGCCUGCCUGCCACUGUGAUGUCACAGAGUAAACCCCAUGCGCCAGCCAGCCCCACCCAGACUGGUAUCCUGGCUUCAGGGCAUCCUUUCCAUCCUCUCCAGUCCACCUCACACCACCUUACCCCUCUGCUGGCAAGAGGGCACCUGAUUCACCAUCACGCCAGGUAUUCACUCCACGCAACUAAUUAAGACACAGCAGAGAGAAACAGAAACAUCUUUGCCUCAGAUCUUCCAAAGUGGAUGAGCAGUCCCUCUCAACUGAUUCAAAAUGCUUUCCUCACCCAGAAGGUGGAGCACCCAAAGGGCUUCUCUGGCCAACGGGCAAUUGUGUCUGCCAUCCUCAGCGUGCUGUCACUCAACCUCCCCACAGCACCCCUGCUCAGCAACUGCUGGCUUUUGGGCACACAGAAGGUGCCCAAGCCCCUGUGCGGGAAGGGCCUGGCAACCAAGUGCCUUGAUAUUCCGAUGCCCUCGGAUGGGGAUAGCACCAGCACAUCAUCCCAGGAGGUGGUGCAACAUGGCAGCCGAGAGACUAGGAAUGGCCACCUUUCCCCCCACACCUUCUGGAGGGGCAUGUGGCUGUCCUGUGAGGAAAUCAUGGAAGAACCAGCCAGGUGCCGAAGUUCCAUUGAACUCAGACCACCAACCGAGAGAGAUGAGAAAGGACUGCUGGGAUUUGCCACGGUGCAAGGCCCAUGUCACCCCAUUCUCCGAUGUGGAGAGAAGUGGUUGAGGGAGAAGACUCUCCUCCCACACCCUCCCUCGGGGCUUGUGGCAAAGACCCUGUGGUUAUCGCUGGGAGCCCCGUUCGCAUACAUUGGACUUGAAUUCAUCAGUUUCCUCCUGCUACUCACGGACCUCCUCCUGUUCACUGGGAACACAGGCUUCGGCCUCAAGCUGAGCACCUUGGCCACCGUUUCCUCCAUCUCGGCAGGCCUUCUGGGGAUGGUGGCCCAUGUGAUGUAUUCACAAGUCUUCCAGGCAACUGCCAACUUGGGUCCAGAAGACUGGAGGCCACAUGCUUGGAAUUAUGGCUGGGCCUUCCACCUGGCCUGGGUUUCCCUCAUUUGCUGCCUGCCAUCGGCUGUCACUACCUUCAACAUCCACACCAGGCUGGUGCCGGAGCUCAAGUGCAAACACAGGAAGAGCUUCAGAGGAAACCCCAGCUGCCUACCACCCCACCAGCAGCUGUCCUGCCCAGCCCACCCCCGUGGGCCCUGUGACCAGCUACACCAGUGCCCCCCAGUCAGCCUAUACACUGUCUCUGACCGGGCUGACUUCUACUCAGAGCCACGGAAGGGAUUUCAGCAAGGCACCAGCCAGGGUCGAAAAGAGUAGGCGGCUGAGUCAUCUGCAGAGAACUGUGUUAGGUGUAAGUGGGUUUGCAGAGCAGGAUGAGCCCGACCUUACAUGUUUGUUCUCAACAUGAGCUGACACC